CCGCUCCCCUCGGCUCUCCCCGGCUGCGCUGGUAGCUGCGCUCGGCCAUGGCGGCCCCGGCGGAGCUGAGCGUGGAGCGGCUGCGGGCGCUGCCCGGCAGCUGGAGUUACGGGAUCAGCCAGGGCGGCCGCGUCUUCUUCAUCAACGAGGAGGCGAAGAGCACGACCUGGCUGCACCCGCUGACCGGAGAGGCCGUGAUCACCGGGCACCGUCGCAGCGCAGACUUACCCACAGGUUGGGAGGAAGCUUACACUUUCGAAGGUGCAAGAUACUAUGUAAAUCAUAAUGAACGAAAAGUAACCUGCAAACAUCCGGUAACGGGACAGCCAUCGCAGGACAACUGUAUUUUUGUUGUGAAUGAACAGACUGCUGCAGCAAUGACGUCUGAAGAAAAGAAGGAGAGACCUGUAAGCGUGAUAUGUGAAGCAACUAACUAUAAUCUGACAUCAGAUUAUGCUGCUCAUCCUAUGAGCCCUGUGGGCAGAACAUCACGAUCAUCAAAGAAGGUUCAUAAUUUUGGAAAGAGAUCAAACUCAAUAAAGAGAAAUCCUAAUGCACCAGUUGUCAGACGUGGCUGGCUCUACAAACAGGACAGCACUGGAAUGAAGUUGUGGAAGAAGCGGUGGUUUGUGCUCUCAGAUCUGUGCCUCUUCUAUUACAGGGAUGAGAAAGAAGAAGGAAUACUAGGUAGUAUACUUCUACCCAGUUUUCAGAUAUCUGUGCUUUCUCCUGAGGACCAUAUUAACCGGAAAUAUGCCUUUAAAGCAGCUCAUCCAAACAUGAGGACAUAUUAUUUCUGCACAGAUACAGGAAAGGAAAUGGAGUUGUGGAUGAAAGCCAUGACAGAUGCAGCACUUGUGCAGACAGAGCCAGUGAAAAGAGUUGAGAGGUUCACCACUGAAAAUACACCACCUCGAGAGGCCAAUAAUAUUUCAAACCAUCGGGUGUUAAUUAAGCCAGAGGCACAGAAUAACCAGAAAAACAGAGAAGUGAACAAAAAUGAAGAGAAGAAGGCUUUGGAAGCUGAAAAAUACGGAUUCCAGAAAGUCGGGCAAGAUAAACCAUUAACAAAAAUUAACAGUGUGAAGCUAAAUCCUUUGGGGUCAGAAUACAGGACACUACCCAUAACCGCAGUUCAGGCUGGACACUUCAGACCAGUUCAUUUAAAUGGAGCUGAGAAUAAAGCUGUUGGUGUUGUCCUGGCAGAUACUGGAGAUGGAGGUCAGCACAAUGCAAUUCAGCCACAUAUGGAGUCUGAACGAGUUAUGCAGAGAACUAAUUCCAUGCUGCAGUUGGAACAGUGGAUUAAAAUACAGAGAGGAAAAGGGCAAGAGGAGGAAGCAAGAGGUAUAAUCUCAUAUCAGACACUACCGAGAAACAUGCCAAGCCAUCGACCUCAAGCUUUACCCCGGUACCCAGAAGGCUACAGAACUCUGCCCCGAAACAGCAAAGCAAGGCCAGAGAGCCUCUGCAGCAUGACACCAUCAGCUUACGACAGAGCCAUGGGACCCGUGACAGCUGAAGAAAAACGAAGGUCAAUGCGUGAUGACACGAUGUGGCAGCUCUACGAGUGGCAGCAACGUCAGUUUUACAAUAAGCAAACAACUCUUACUAGGCACAGUACUUUAAGUAGCCCAAAAACGAUGAUCAAUAUUUCUGAUCAGACGAUGCAUUCAAUUCCCACCUCGCCUUCCCAUGGUUCAAUAGCAGGUUUCCAAGGGUAUUCCCCACAGCGGACCUACAGAUCAGAAGUGUCUUCACCAGUGCAAAGAGGAGAUGUAACUAUUGAUCGGAGACACAGAGCACAUCAUACUAAGCAUGUCUAUCUGCCUGACAGAAGGUCAAUGCCAGCAGUUCUAAGUUUACAGCCUGUUUCUCCUCAGAGUCUCCAAGGCAAAACACCAGAGGAGCUCACGCUGCUGCUAAUAAAGCUGAGACGGCAGCAAGCUGAACUGAGUAGUAUCCGGGAACACACACUAGCACAGCUCAUGCAACUAAAACUUGAGGCCAACAGCCCAAAGAAUGAGAUUCUUUCGCAUCAUCUUCAAAGGAAUGCCAUAUAUUUGGACCAUCAGAUGAAAGAGAAUGAACCUUUAAUCACCAUGGUUCACACUAUGAUUGAGAACUCGGCGCUAAGACCGCAACUGUACCAGCAAUUAACACAAGAAGAAUGUAGGGGUACACUAUACAAAUAUAGAACUGAAGAGCUGGAUAUUGAUGCUAAGCUUAGCCGUUUAUGUGAACAAGAUAAAGUUGUACAAGCACUGGAAGAGAAGCUUCAACAACUACACAAGGAGAAAUACACGCUUGAGCAAGCUUUGCUAUCAGCAAGUCAGGAGAUAGAAAUGAAUGCAGAUAAUCCAGCAGCCAUACAAAAUGUAGUGUUACAGAGAGAUGACUUACAGAAUGGACUGCUUGGCACUUGUCGAGAAGUAUCGCGAGCUACUGCGGAACUGGAAAGAGCUUGGAGAGAAUAUGAUAAACUAGAAUAUGAUGUAACAGCAACAAGGAACCAUAUGCAGGAGCAACUUGAUCGGCUUGGAGAAAUUCAGACCGAGUCGGCUGGGAUACAGCGUGCUCAGAUUCAAAAGGAACUGUGGAGAAUUCAAGAUGUCAUGGAAGGUUUAAGUAAACAUAAACAGCAAAGAAGCUCUUCAGAUGCAGGCAUCAUGGGAUCAAGGACAUUUUCUGCUAUUAAAUAUAAAAAUGAGUGUGACAUCGUCCCUUUCAUACAAAAGUCUAUAGCUGGUGUAGCUAUGGAAGAGGAAGUAGUCCCACCUCGUCCUCCACUCCCUCGGUCCUAUGACUUUACAGAGCAUCCUCCCAUAAUCCCCCCUCUGCCCAGUGAUAGCAGCUCCUUGCUCUGUUAUAGCAGGGGCCCAGUACAUCUGCCAGAAGAAAAGAAGAUUCACCAAGUUCAAGGAUAUCAGAGAAAUGGAUCUCACUGUGGUCCUGAUUAUAGGCUUUAUAAGAGUGAACCAGAGUUAACUACAGUAGCAGAAGUGGAUGAAUCUAAUGGUGAAGAAAAAACAGAACAAAUGUUAGAAUCAGAAUCUGCAGCUAAAGGCUCACAUUUCCCAGUGGGAGUUGUACCACCCAGAACCAAAUCACCAACCCCAGAAUCCUCAACAAUAGCAUCCUAUGUCACUUUAAGGAAGAAUAAGAAGAUCGAUCUAAGAACGGAAAGACCAAGAAGUGCAGUGGAGCAGUUGUGUCUUGCAGAAAGCACACGGCCUCGAAUGACUGUGGAGGAACAGAUGGAAAGAAUAAAAAGACACCAACAGGCUUGCCUGAGAGAGAAGAGGAAAGGACUAAAUAUUAUUGGUGUUUCAGACCAGUCAACAUCACAGAAUCUAUCUUUUGUCAGAGAUAAUCCAUUCAAAUCGGCACAGAAUCGCAAAAAGGAUGAAAGUGUAUCUAGUCACAUAAAGGAAUUAGAGAGCACCACUAAAGAUAAUAAUUUGAAACAAAAAAAUGAAAGUCCUGAAGAAGAAAUAGUGCAAGUAAAACAUGAUGGAGAACAAGAACAUAAUUCAGGUUUUACAAAAGAGCUGACAAAAACUGAUGAUUUUUUAUCAGAUACACAUGUUGUAUCUGACUCAAAAGAAGUGAAUAAUGAAGAGAAAGCAGAAAAGGAAAAGAAUAAUAAAGUGGAAGAAACACAUGAUGGUGAUAUAAGCUUGCAGAGUGUGACCACAGUUUCAAACCACAAACCCAAAACCGGUUCAGAAGAAAGUGAAGCAGCUAGUGUUCAAGAGCAAAAAGGAAUUAUUGCUUCAUUUGAAUUAGCAGCACAGUCUUCAAAAGGAAAUCAGGCAACAGCAGUGAAAAGUUUGCCUUCUUCACCAGAAUCGUCAUUGUCACCAGCUUCAUCUACACAACCACAGCUCACAGAAGGAUCACAUUUCAUGUGUGUAUAGUUACAGAGAACUCUAAUGGCUUCUGUUGAAACAAUUCAUGCCUGAGAUGUAUGGACCCGACCUACGGAAAUGUGAGAAGAUAUUGUACAGUAUAUUUUAAAUCUAUGAAAUUCAUAGUUCUGAUGCUUUUGGCCACAGAGCAUCAUUUUAUCACUUCCUGGAAAAUGUUUAUUCCAAGAGAGCUUUAAAUGGCCCAUAUGUACACUCAACAACCUUCAGAUCGUUCUCCUGAUACCAGCUUGCUGCUAUGAUUUCUGUGCACAUAAAAUAAAGGCUCUUCUCAGUGUGCAGUCUAUAGUCAGGACUUUAUUUUCCAGAAUUUAAUGUUCUUUUACGUAUGGAUCACAUAAGUUUACUUUUUGGCUUCUUUUAGACGCAUAACUCAGUUAAUUUUACAUAUCACCACUAAAACCCUGUUUUACACUUUUUAAACACUACAAUUUAUUGUUUUGACAUUUUAUUUGUAAAAAAUUUUAUAUAUAUAUAUACAUAUAGAUAUAUUUAAAAUGUGCCAUUUUUAUUAUUGCUUAGUAAAAGAUGUCCUGUUUCUGCUGUAAUUAUUUCUUGGUCAGGUUGCAAUGUCAGCAGUUACUGCCACACUUCUGUCAACAUAUACUUUAAUGUCAGUGCUUACUUUUACUUAAAUAAAAUGGAGUGUAGGUAUUUUGAGGUACUGGGCUUUUCCUUUGUUGGGUUAGAGUGUGUACAGCAAUAAGCAGGUUCUCAAUCCAGUACUUAGUUUGUGUACAGAUGUAAUUAUGUUCAUUGUAUAUAUAUUAUACAAUGAGCACAUGCGAUGUAAGUAAAGAAGCCACUUAUUGUUCAGAUAAGAAUGUUCAUAUCCCAUUUCUUUUAUAUCAUAAUAAAUAAAUGUUGAUGUUCUUAAGGACUGGUAUGGUUAGUGUUUCUUCCAGCAAGCAGAUGUCAUACAGCAUAUUCCACCUUUUGAUGUGGGGAGUGCAACAAUCUUAUCGCAUUGGCGACACCACCUGUCAACCAGAGUAGCAUGACAGACUCUUUAAGAUUCCAGUCUUCCUCUCCAGGAAAGAAUAAGGCUGCAACACACAACAAAAAGACAACGUGAGAUCGAGAUGCAAGAAAUACAGGUUCAGCUCCUGACUCUCCGGGCUUGUAUCGUGAUGUUGGAAUAAUCACUUAGUCAUUCUGUGUGCCUCCAUUUCCUGCCUGUUUAUUUGAGACGGAAUGGCCUGCCAUGCUGUGGUGUGGCAAGUAGUAACUCAAUAUUUGGAAACGUCGAAUGCCACAUUCAGUGGGGUUAAGGAGAGAUGUAUGAUGAUUCCUUGAGGCUUUGACAUCUGCAAAGCAUCUUCCAGAAACCGAAAGAAAACCCAAGGCCAUUUGUCAAGUGUCAUCAUCCUGCAGAUGUUGCUGGCUUCACUUCUCCUUCUUACGCAGCUGUCUGAAUUUGCCUGAGACGAGAGGUUUAGAAAAGAAUGAUGAAAAAUGAAAUGAUUUAAAGGGCAAGCUUUUGAAUCUAAGAUGUAAAGCUAAGAAACCUUUUAAAGAUUCAGGCAACCACUGUGUGCUUUGGUGCAUGUGCGUGCCAUAAGUAGGAAGGAAAGUUUCUUAAGAAGGCGACUGCCAGCUCUCAUUGUGCUCUUUUUAUCACACAAAUCAUAGCCCAUUCAAGUUAAUCUUAAGGUACCAGAGAAUAUAUAAUUUGGUGUGCUUUUCCAAAGAGGAGUGCCUGAGAUUGACACAUGGUUUGAAAUUAACUCCUUAUCAUUACCACCUUGAGAAGGAGAUUGUGUUCACUGUACAUUUCUGCCUCUCCCAGCUCUGCUCUCAGUUCUUUCUGUCACAGAGACACAGAGCACACUUUCUACCUAUUGCCCUGCCUUUUUCUUUGAAAAGCAGAGAACUGGGAGGCAGAAAUUAGCAGUGGAGCUUGGAGGGUCAUAGCGAAAGAGGUGGCAGAGGGAAAAGAGAUGAAUCAUGAUGCAGGCAGACAGCACGCAGCUUAAAGUCUGACCAAGUAGCCCUUCCUCUUUUUUUGGAACGAGAGCCCCAGAUUAGCACAUCCUUCCAUCCAAAAUGCAGAGCAAACAGGAGGAAUGUGAUUUUUAUAGCUCGGCCAGCUGAGAUUUAAGUUCAGCGGCAUCACUGGAACACCUGGGGCAAAACAAAUACAACACACCCUGGUCCCUCCCUAACUCUUACACAGAGAGCUGUUCAGCUGUCAAGCUUUGCAAUCUCUUUCUGUCCUUGCUGCCAAAAAAAAGAUUUGCAACCAAUAAAGGAAAGAAUGACUAAGUGGUUUUUGGACAUUUGUAGAUCUUGUCUGUGUUUGAAGCAGCUGUCAGUUUGGUGUGUCUGCACAGUAUGUGCAGUUUAUGCUGAACUUGGGGGGGCAUGGGAGAAUUUGCAAGUUUUGCUGGUGUGACUGUUGACAAAGAUGGCAAAAUGUGAAUGGUGCAGGAAUGCAGUCAUGCUCACAGACUGUAAUUUCACCUCCUGUGGGCACUUGCAGCGAAGACUUGCUAUUUCAUUGGGUGCUCUAUCUUUUUGUCUUAUGGAAAAGAACUAAUGGCUCUGUGUUCUCACAGAGCAUUUACUGUCUUUUACCUCAUCAGAAUAACUCAUCCCGGUGGUCAUACUCUGAGAUACAGAAAUAUCAGAAUACUGGUACUGUCAGCUUUCAAGCGUCUAUUUUAAGUUUGUAUCUAGGAUAUUUUUAUAUUUCUGAUCGAUUGCUUUACUGGCUAUUGCACUGACACUUGUAUAUACAGAACAUGUACUUUUUUUCAAAAGCAAGAGUCCUUAGGAAUAAUGCAACACAUUCUCUACAGAUGUUCAUGCUUUUCGGAACCAAUUACAUCUAUUUUUGUCUUCUGUUCACCAUUUGCACUGUUCCAAGACUACUAGAGAAUGUGAUUCUUUUCGCUCCCUCAAUAAAGUGACAUAACUCAAAAAAGUUA